AUGCUUCAAGGGGACCGUCCAAAGAAGGAGGCGGUUUCUAAGGAGUUGUAUCUCGGACCCAAAGGGGCCGGCUCGUUUGGAGGGUUAUCCUUGCAAGAAGGUGUUUUCAUUUCAUAUGCGUUGCGAGAUGGUUGGGGGGCUUUGCUCAUUCCCAUGCAGCAGGUCGUUCACCACAGCAUUCCAGAACCCGACGAUCUCCUCAUGUGGGUAAACGUGAACGCGCAAAGUAUUCUCAAUCAACACCCAGAAGUUAAGAAACAUGGAUUCUACCUUGUUUCUGGCACGUACACUACAAAUGAUUUCUAUAUUCUUGUUAGAGACGGUCCAGCUGAGGCGAAGUCGUUUGUCCUUCGACGAACCUCUCAGGGGAAUUUCGGGCCGCGAUGGGUGAUUCCUCACUAUCCACGUGAUAAUAUCACGUCAGAACUACACUUCGAGGAACAGGCUGUCAUUUCCUUCGAAGGAUUUCACUUUACAUACAAGAAACUUUCAGUUCAACGAGAACGCCAUUCCACGACAAUUGUUCAAGGGGAAGACUCGGAAAACGAGAAGGCUCUUUACGAAUUUGAAUAUACCCCGUUCAUUUGGCCAGCUAAUGACAGGUCGAUGGAAUCGUGGUAG